GACAAAUCGGGUUAAUCGACAUGUCGGGUUAAUCGACAUGUCCCUUUUGUUUGUGACUCCAUGACCAUAACUGUAACUAAAGCUAAGAAAUCCAUUGAUUAUCUGUUAGAUAACAGACUUCACAAAGACCUUACAAUGUCAUCAUCAUCAUCAUACCCUCUAUCACUUAACACAAUCUCCAUGAACACUUCAACCCACACUAAUCAACCAAUUCACCCAUCUUCACUACAGUUACCCCCACAAUCCACCACACUUCCACACACCCAAUUGACCAAAGAUCACCCCCACCCACUUCACAAACCCCGAACAAUCCGGUACCGGCUCAGCCAAUUAUGCAGAGAAGGCCACCCCCAUCUUGCCCACCAACUGUUCGACGAAAUUCCCAAACCAACAACUGUUGUUUGGAACUCUAUUAUAAUCGGGUUUAUCUGCAACAACAUGGCUCAUGAAGCUAUAUUGCUUUACACCCAGAUGAAAUCCAGGUCCUUUUUACCCGAUUCGUAUACGUACUCUUCGGUUCUUAAAGCAUGUGCAGAAACUAGGGACAUUCGGGUUGGUAAAGCGGCGCAUUGUCAUGUUUUGCGGUCGGGUUUGUAUCCUAGUAAAAUAGUUUGUAACUCGCUUUUGAACAUGUAUGCUAGUUGUUUGGAUUAUGGUGUGGAAAGGGUGUUUGGAUGGAUGCCGAAACGAAACGUUGUUUCGUGGAAUAUUAUGAUUUCGUGGUUUGUGAAAGUGGGAUUGUUUGAAGAGGGUGUUACUCAUUUUGUGAAAAUGAUGAAGGACGGAGUUAAGCCUACUGCGGUGAGUUUCGUUAAUGUGUUUCCUGCUGUAGUGGGAUUGGGUGAUUCGAGACUAGCGGAUGUUGUAUACGGGUUGCUUGUUAAGUUCGGUGAUGAGUUCUCGACGGAUUUGUUUGCUACAAGCGCUGCGAUUUCCAUGUUUUCCGAACUUGGGUUCGUUGAAUCCGCUAGGAACGUGUUUGAUAAUUGUUUAGACAGAAACGUAGAGGUUUGGAACACUAUGAUUGGCGGAUACGUACAGAACAAUAUGCCGGUUGAAGCGUUCGAUCUUUUCGUUCAAGCGCUACGCUCAUCAGACGAUGUUGUUAUCGAUAAGGUGACUUUGAUCUCGGUUUUAACAGCAGCCUCACAAUUGCAGCAGCUAGACCUUGCUAAACAGAUACACGCGUAUAUUAUAAAAAGUGUAGCCGUUUUACCUGUGAUUGUGAUGAAUGCGCUUAUAGUCAUGUAUUCACGGUGCGACUCUAUUCAAGAAAGCUCGAAUAUUUUCAACUGUAUGAACGAAAAAGACACCGUUACGUGGAACACAAUGAUUUCGUCUUUUGUUCAAAACGGAAUGAACGAUGAAGGCGUAGUUCUCGUACGUGAUAUGCUAAAACAAGGGUUUACGAUCGAUGAUGUCACGAUAACUGCUCUGUUAUCCGCAGCAUCCAAUCUUAGAAACCGAGAAGUCGGAAAACAAACACACGGGUAUCUUCUUAGGCGUAAUAUUCAUUUCAAGGGAAUCGAAAGUUAUCUCAUUGACAUGUACGCGAAAUCUGGUCUGAUACGAGUGGCUCAAAAUCUCUUUGAAAGAAGUUGCGCAAACGAUAGAGAUCAGGCGACAUGGAAUGCGAUGAUUGCCGGGAACUGUCACAACGGGUUAAUCGAUCAAACGUUUAGCGUUUUCCGGCAGAUGAUCGAUCAUGGUGUUUCACCAAAUGCUGUUACGAUAGCGUCGAUUCUUCCAGCGUGCAGUAUAAUCGGAAGUUCACGAUUAGCUAAACAAAUCCACGCAUUUACCGUUAGAACUUUCUUGGACGAUAACGUUUUCGUACAUUCCGCUUUAGUGGACACGUAUUCCAAAUUAGGUAUACUCACAUUGGCGGAAAACGUGUUUGAGUUUUCUCAUCCGAAAAACGCUGUAACGUACACGAAUAUGAUAUUAGCUUACGGGCAACACGGGAUGGGUGAAAAAGCUCUCGAUCUAUUUAACUCCAUGCGAGAAAACGGCACACGACCUGAUUCCGUAACGUUAGUUGCGAUUCUAUGUGCCUGCAGUUAUUCCGGGCUGGUGGAUGACGGUCUAAAGUUAUUUGAAUCAAUCGAGGCGGAGUAUAAAAUCGUUCCGUCACUUGAGCAUUACUGUUGCGUUGUCGAUAUGUUAGGGAGGGUCGGUAGGGUGUCGGAAGCGUACGAUUUUGUUGAAAAGUUGGGGGAAAAUGGUAAUUAUUUGAAAGUUUGGGGUUCGCUUUUGGGUUCUUGCAGAACCCAUGGAGAAUUUCGGUUGGCGAAAGUUGUUGCGAGUAAGUUGGUUGAAAUGGGUUUGGGAAAUAAGAAUGCGGGUUAUCAUGCGUUGUUGUCGAAUAUAUACGCGGAUGAAGGAAAUUGGGAGUUUGUUGAUAGAUUACGCAAAGAGAUGUACGAAAAGGGAUUAGUGAAGGAAACGGGGUGCAGUUGGAUUGAUAAUGACGGGCGUUCAGAUUAUUUUACGUCGAGGGACAAAAAUUACGCUCAUGAUGAUGACAUGAAGAAGCAAUGGUGAAGGAAACAAACUCAGCAACGCAAUGAUAAUUUAGCUAAUUGGAAUCAUCUACACGGAACGGUGGAUAAACAUAAGAAAUAUGGCGAAUGAAGUUGCAGAGGUGAUAUUCAUCCCUUCCCCUGGAGUUGGUCAUAUCAAGUCAACCAUCGAGCUCGCAAAGUUACUCGUGAAUCGCGAUCAACGUCUCGGGAUAACCGUCCUCGUCAUCAAGCCACCCGGCGCUACUUCUGGCUCGGCUAUCACUACCUACAUAGAAUCAUUAGCUGAAAACACCAUCGAUCGCAUAUCCUUCAUUCAACUCCCUCAAGAUGAAACUCCACCAAUUGUUGACCCGAAAGAUCAAAGGAAUUUCAAAAUAGAGUUCAUUAAUAGUCACUGCAAAUACGUUAGAGAUGCUGUUGCUGACUUGAAAAGUCAACCGGGUUCGGGCCGGGUUGUUGGGUUUGUCGUUGACAUGUUUUGCGCCAGCAUGAUUGAUGUGGCUAAUGAGUUUAAUGUUCCAACCUUCGUUUUCUUCACUUCUAAUGCUGCGUUUCUUGGAUUUACGUUAUAUAUAAAAUCACUCUGUGAUGAUUUGAGCAAGGAUGUUGAUGUUGUUGAGUUGAGCAACUCAGAUACCGAGAUACUGGUUCCGAGUUUUGUCAAACCGAUGCCAACCAAAGUGUUCUGGAGUCGUGUCAAGACUAGAGCAGGAUUGGAUUUUGAUCGGUGGUUUGCGCAGAAACUUGGAGAGGCCAAAGCAAUCAUGGUCAAUACUUUCUUGGAAUUGGAAACACACGCGAUAGAGUCGUUGUCUGCUGACUCCAGCAUCCCGCCGGUGUAUCCGGUGGGACCCAUAGUCAACUUGGAAGGCGGUUCUGGUGGUGGGAAAGCUUUUGACAAUGACGUCAUUAGGUGGUUGGAUAGUCAACCACCUUCCUCGGUUGUGUUUUUGUGUUUCGGGAGUAUGGGAAGUUUUGACGAGGUCCAAGUGAAGGAGAUAGCACGUGGACUAGAGCUAAGUGGCUACCGUUUCGUGUGGUCCCUACGUCGACCUCCGUCAGAUCAAACAUCAAGGUCCCCAAGCGAUUACGAGGAUCCAAGUGUGGUACUGCCGGAAGGGUUUUUGGAGCGAACACAUGGAAUAGGGAAAGUGAUUGGGUGGGCUCCACAGGCGGAGGUGUUGCGUCACGAUGCAGUUGGAGGGUUCGUGUCCCACUGCGGGUGGAACUCAUUGUUGGAGAGCUUAUGGUUCGGUGUACCAACGGCAGCAUGGCCAAUGUACGCUGAGCAACAGAUGAAUGCGUUUGAAAUGGUGGUGGAGCUGGGAUUGGCGGUGGAGAUGAAGUUGGAUUAUAUGAAGGAUUUGUUUAAUCCUAAGGCUAACGCAAUCAUCGUCACAGCUGUGGAGAUAGAAAGUGGGAUAAGACGGUUGAUGGAGGAUGACGAGAUUAGAAGAAAAGUGAAAGAGAUGAGUGCGAAGAGUAGAUCUGCUGUGGUGGAGGACGGUUCGUCAUAUGCAUCUCUUGGUUGUCUAAUUCAAGAUCUCACAAGAGACAUCUCUUGAUCUGGACUUCUGUUUAUAGUGGUUUUUUGUUGCUAAAGUUUGUUGCUCAUUUUAGUGUGUUGGUGUAACCACAAACAUAGUGUUAAAGAGUUGAUAGGUGGUCCAUGUACCUCCAUAUCACUAGGUAGGUAUGAAUGAUCAUAGUUCAAAUGGCAAUACUAUUCUCUUGGCAAAUAAAAAGGUUUUUUAUUUUUUGACUGGUUAAC